AGAGUUUCGUCGAUUUGGUAUCGACGUCGCGCCGCAAAACAUUCACAAACGCGAGAGACGAGAGAAUCUGCCUCUGUGUUCAGUUUGGUGUGUUUUGUUGUGUCGUUUGGUGUGCCGGGAAGGAACACUCACCAGUGCUUUUUUCCCUUCUCCUGUGUGUGCUGCAAAUUCAAGAGGACAAACAGAAAAAGCUCCGGCCCACCGAGUGUGUGCCCCAGCGGAAAAGUCAAAAGGACCCAUUUCUUCGCGAACUUUAGUGGCAAGUUCCGUGGUUGCCCCAAAUUGGGUACGACCAAUUGGGGGAAUAAAUAAAGUCAAGUGUGGCCCAAUCGCGACGCCACUUUUUUCUCGUUGUGUGAAAAGUUUGGGUGAGAUUUUUCAUCGUGAUUUACACAGUGAAAUAAAAUUUUCAUCCACAUCUGUGACCGUAGUGAGAGUGAGAGAGAUAAAAGGUGAAUUUUCCAUCCUUCUUCUGUGAUGUUAUUGACAAAGGGAAAAACUAUACACACAUAAAAUGUAUUUUAUGUAAUCGGGAAAAAAAAGUUCGUGUGGAAAGAAAAGAGCAGAAAAGCAGCAUUUUCCAUUGACGGGAAUAUAAGCUUAUAUGUGCUGCUUGUGAGUGUGUGUGCUGCUUUUUUUUUGGAGAAAACUCGCUGGGAAAAUUUUAUCUGGAUGAGGCAACAUCAGCGAGAAUUUAUUUAAUCGAAAAAAAAAGAAAUUAAACAGAAAGAGAAUUUUCGUUUGUGGCAUUCUGGAAAGAAAAGUCACUUUCCACCUUGUGUGGCGAGUGAGCAACGUUGAAGCGGUGUGGUCGGUCAGGGAGGCGGUCGUCAGAGAAUGAGUGGGUGAACUACGGAGCACGAGGGAGCCCUCCCCUAUUGGAGACUGAGACGACAAAAUGUGGCACAUCGUGUAACAAUCCGGCGAUGAAAAAGCCUCCUUGUUGCUUGGUAGGUUCCAAGGGACAGCUGAUGUGGCCGUCCUGGCGUCCCGCUGCUGGCCGGUGUGGUCGAGCUGCUUGUUCCAGAAUCUGGGGCUGCAGCGACUGGAGAAGCGACCAUUGGUCACCUCCGUCAUGUUGUACAAAUUAAAUUUACGAAUGUGAGAUCUUGAGACUCUGGCAGCGGACUUCGCACUCCCCGUAUAUGUUUAUUCCCAUAACUUGGCUUCCCAUAAUCUCCAUGUAUAGCUCUGGAAUGUGCUAAGCGAGCUUACUUGGUGUUGGGAGUGUGAGGAGUUAGGAAGAGUGUCUGUUUAUUUGGGAGGGGUGGUUUUAACAAGUUGUAAAAAAAAAUUGUGCAUAAGUGUAUUGAAACAUUAAGGGGUUAAAGACCGCGUGGCAGGGUGACGCCAACGGAGCCACUGAAUUCUGGGGGGCACAGUGUUUCGGUGUUGCCUACCUUGUCGCGGGGGCUCGGCAGCCCCCGCAACAAGCCCCCCUAGUUCACCCGUUGACGAGGAACAGUUGACUAAUGUGAGUUUGGAGCCGUACACCACUGUUAUACAGCAACGCUUUGCUCCACCGCAGCAAUCACCUCUGCCACAUAUCGAGGAGGAGGAAGAGACACAGGAAUCAUCGCGACAGCAGUCCCAGGAGGACCUAAGUGUCGCGCGUCAGGCAUUUUUCACAAAUAGCACACCUGCAAGGGGUGCCAUUGUCAAAUUCUACGAUCGUUGCGUACCCGACGACUUCACGUCGCCAUCGCCACGUGCUAAGCAUCAACGGAAGCACGCCAAGUCGCGCAAUAGAUCGAUCACAUCUACAACUUCCAGCGACACCGCAUCGAGUGGUGCCAGGAGUGAUCAACCAGCAGCAGGCACCUCAGGGGCUCUGCUGCUACUACCCAAAAUGCAAGCUGAACAGGGUUCCAUCGGGGAUCUGCAGAAGUAUCACAGCCGCUACCUCAAGAAUCGGCGACACACUUUGGCCAACGUUCGUGCUCCACUUCUAGACUGUUUCGAUGUGGAGAAUGGUCAAGGUGCGCGAUCACCCCUGGAGGGUGGAUCGCCAAGUGCAGGACUCGUCCUGCAGAACUUGCCACAGCGACGUGAAUCCUUCCUGUAUAGAUCCGAUUCGGACUUUGAGAUGUCGCCGAAAUCAAUGUCGCGUAAUUCCAGCAUCGCGAGCGAGAGGUUCAAAGAAACAGAGCCGCCCGUUUUAAUGGAAAGAGCUCAUGGCGAAGAUCUGAUAGUGACACCAUUCGCUCAGAUCCUGGCGAGCCUUCGAUCUGUACGGAUUAAUUUUCUCAAUUUAACAAAUGUCAACACUAGCAAAUCAAAACGACAAACGAAUGCUCCAUUGCCGAAACCCUUAAAUCCCGGAGAUGAAUCAUACGUUCGACUGGCGCAUGACACGAUGGAGGAGCUGGACUGGUGCCUGGAUCAAUUGGAAACCAUCCAGACCCAUCGAAGUGUUUCAGAUAUGGCAUCAUUGAAGUUCAAGAGAAUGCUGAACAAAGAGUUGUCACACUUCAGUGAAUCCAGUCGAUCUGGCAAUCAAAUUUCCGAAUACAUCUGUUCGACGUUUUUGGACAAGCAGCAGGAGUUUGAUUUGCCAUCGCUGCGCAUUGAUGAGAAUGAGGUGGCUAAUAUAACGUCAACUUCACAUCCGCGUAGUCGAUCGCCACGCUUCGGUGGGCCGCCAAUGUCACAGAUUUCAGGGGUACGUCGGCCGUUGUCGCACACCAACUCAUUCACGGGUGAGCGUUUACCAACGUUUGGCGUUGAGACGCCGCACGAGACACAGCUAGGCACUCUCCUGGGUGACCUCGAUACCUGGGGCAUCGAUAUCUUCCGCAUUGGCGAUCUCACGUGCAAUCGCCCCCUCACGUGCGUCGCGUACUCCGUGUUCUCCUCACGUGAUCUCCUCAGCGUCUUGAUGAUACCACCGAAAACAUUCAUCGCAUUCAUGGCAACGCUCGAGGAUCACUACGUGAAGGAUAAUCCAUUUCACAACUCACUCCAUGCCGCCGAUGUGACCCAAAGCACAAAUGUCCUUCUCAAUACGCCCGCCCUUGAGAGUGUCUUUACGCCACUCGAGGUGUGUGGUGCCCUCUUCGCCGCCUGCAUCCACGACGUUGAUCAUCCCGGGCUCACCAAUCAAUUUCUCAUCAACAGUAGUUCGGAAUUAGCGAUAAUGUACAAUGAUGAAUCGGUGCUGGAAAAUCAUCAUUUAGCUGUUGCCUUCAAAUUACUUCAAAAUCAAGGAUGUGAUAUCUUCUGUAAUAUUCAAAAAAAACAACGUCAGACGUUGAGGAAAAUGGUGAUUGAUAUAGUGCUGUCGACGGACAUGUCUAAGCACAUGAGUCUGCUGGCGGACCUCAAGACUAUGACGGAAACGAAAAAGGUGGCCGGCAGUGGGGUGUUGCUCUUGGAUAACUACACAGACCGGAUACAGGUGCUGGAAAAUCUGGUUCACUGUGCUGACUUGAGCAAUCCCACAAAGCCACUGCCGCUGUACAAGCGCUGGGUGGGACUCCUUAUGGAGGAAUUCUUCCUACAGGGCGACAAAGAGCGUGCAAAUGGUAUGGACAUCAGUCCAAUGUGUGAUCGACACAAUGCCACAAUUGAAAAGUCCCAGGUGGGCUUUAUUGACUACAUUGUGCACCCACUGUGGGAAACGUGGGGCGACCUCGUGCAUCCCGAUGCCCAGGAUAUCCUCGAUACGCUAGAAGAGAAUCGAGACUACUACCAAAGUAUGAUUCCGCCAUCUCCACCACAAUCUGACGACAAUGAUGGUGAUGAUAAGAUUCGCUUCCAGGUGACUCUUGAAGAGGGCUCUGACAAUGAGGGUGGAGAAGAUGACGAAGAGGAUGAUUCUGGCGGGGGCGGUGGUGGCGGCAGUGGUGUCAAACCAUCCACUAGUCAAAUUUCACCGCAGCACAUUGGGAUGUGACGGAGAGUGGUCGGACUAUGCAGGAAGCUUUCCGAGAAAGCACAAACAUUUUGGCUUAUUAGAUAAACAAAAAAAAAAGAAGAAAAAGAGAAAAGUAAAUUAUGAAAAGUGGAGGACACGCAAUUGAUGUCGGGUAGGGUAUAACAUGUGAUUUUUUCGUGCUAUCCUGAUUUUGGGGACUUUUGCGUAAUCUCUCUAAAUUCCUGAAACAGGACACUUCCACGCCAAAAAAAAAAUGAAAGACAAUUUUACGUGAAAGAAAAAUCACAUCAAUCAGUCGAACACAUACCAAAAAAAAAACUUAUAUUUGUUGCUAAAACUGCUGGUGGAACGUUUCAUCAAUUAAUUCUUUUAUCAACACACAAAUUGUGAAUAAAUAUUUAAUUCUUCUUUACUUUUGGGAAGGAAUAUCGUCAUAUAUUUAUUCACGAAUCAUCCUAGAAAACGCUUUCUUACAAAAAAAAAUUAAAAUGAAAAAAAAUGUGUGAUCGUCUGAGAGCAAUUCGUUUUAUUUUCUAAUUCAUUCAAUGUAAAUUAAAUAUUUGCCGAUUUUAUACUCCUCGAUGGAGUAUACUAUAUUGUUUUUGUUUGAUCAAAAAUAUAAAAAAAAAAAUACAAAAAAAAAUAUCAAGACAAAGAUUUUGAGAAAAAAAAACAAGCUAAAUUGUAUUUGUUCAAUUAUUGCUACAAGAAAAGGAGGUUGUGUCGUUGAAGUAAUAUGAAUAAAAUAUAAUAAGAUAGCAAAAGAAGUCAUAAAAAUAAUUCUACAGAAUACAACUUUAAAAUUCUUUCUUUUCCAAAAUCUUUCAAAGCAAAAAAAAUACACAGAUAAAAAUUAGAAAGAUUUCUUUCGUUUGUUUUGUGCCAAAAAUGGCAGCAGAGUUUGAAUACAAAAAAAAAACAAUUAACUUUUAAUUACACCUACCUUUUUGCGUGGGUAAUUGGAAAUCGUGAGUUGUUGAAUUUUUGAAAUUAUUUGUCAUUCUCUUUUCUUCUCUUCGUUCCGUUUUUUUAUUAUUUUUUUUU